AUGGCCUAUCCACAUAUAAUUCCCUCGUUGAACCUCUGCAUACGUGCUGCAGCGCCCAAGGUCGUCAAGGCAAUCAGGGAUGUUCAAGACGACCUUGCAUCCAGAACGGAAAUUGAGCGACUAGAAAGACAUUUGAGGAGGCUAUAUUGUACAUUGUAUGAGAUAGAGAGUGAUUCAAGAAGAUUGUGGCAGCAAGUCCCGGUUCAACUUUCAGAAGUAAUCCAGGCCCUUGGAGAAUUUUGCAGACAACAAUGUGAAAUCAUUUGCGACUGGUAUCGUGGGGUUCGGGAAAACAAGGGUCUCAGGUUCUUCGACUGGUUUGCUGUAAAGGGAAAAAUUGAUCGAACCCAAAAGUACAGCAAGCGCCUCACUGAUUGUGAGGACUGGUACAACAUCGCCCUUAAAACUUUUUACUUAAUAGCGAGCCUCCAAGCACGACCACCAAGUCCUUUAGAAUACGUUACACAGCAGGAGCGUCUUCAAGCAUCAGAUGAACAGCAUUGCAGGAAUGAGUUGAGGAAAUGCUUGGAGCGAACGGAGCGUGCGAGGGACAGGGAAAGGAGCAGAUAUAACAGGAUGAUGGAAGCCGGUGUUGACCUUGUCGCGUUGACAGAGUACGCUUAUGAUGCAUUGAACGCGCCUAACACGGGACCAAACAGCUCAACGGCCAGGCAUAGAUCACAAGCCCGGCCAAGGUCUCACACUCGCAAGCACCAUCGUCAUUCAGAACCAGGACUGCAACCAAGAAAGCGCACACAGCCACGCUCAGGUCUUCUGAAUUUCUUCCUGGGAGGCAGCCGCGUCCCUUCAAAGAGCCGCACUCGCCGGGAGCCACAACGAGAGUCUGUCAGCACAAGGCAUCGUCGAAAGGGUCCUGUUGAUCCUCAAAACUUUGCUUACGUGGCUACUGAGCCUGAGCGUCGGACCGCGUACCAGGAAUCCGCGUACCAGGAAUCCACGUACCAGCAGCCCGCGUACCAGCAACCCGAUGAACCUCAUCAAGCAAGUCAGCAAUCAAGAAUUGUAGAUUUGAAUAGACCACCAUCCCCGCCGCCACAGUCUGAGCCGCCACCAUCUGAUCACUCUCAUGAUGAACGAAGAACGUAUCGCAGUUCGAGGAGAUUUCGAGACUCGACCAGCGAAGCUUCUGGCUCCGCUCAAGAAUCACUUCCACCCCGAAGAUCUAACCGAGAGGAGAGAAGAUAUCCACCAGUGUCUUACGAAACGCAACACCACCACCAUCGCUCCACACGGAGCAGAUCAGCAUCCAGCAACCGUAGUUCUCAGUACCAGCCACCUACAAGUCGAAGAGCAGAUGAUACCUCAUCAUAUAUGUUUCAAAACUCUACAGAACCGGGAUCUUCUAGGCCGCAACGGCCGCAUACCCACGAGAAUAUUGAUCCACCGAUAAUGUAUGAAUCACAGCGACGUUCCACCUCGACUCAUAGUCGACCGCCGCCCAUUAGCGAUGCUUCAAGCUCCAGACCCGAAUCAUCGCGGACUCGCACAUCAGAAGAUGGAUCAACUCCCACUAGUCACUAUUCCAGGUUUGUCGCCGAAUCUCCUCGAGUCAGAAUGGCGGAAGUCCAAGCAUCGUCCGCCAGAUAUGUGCCAAAAUCAAUAAACAUUCGAAUACUAGAUGUGAAUUACCAAAGUCGCCCACCAAUGACUUACAGCAAUCCCCACGAGAGACCGGAACGAAAGAAACGCUCUAGAAGCAGAUCCACUCACAGAAGUCGUGAUUCAGGUUACGCGACCAGGAGCAGAGGUUCAAGCGAGACAGACAGGAGCCACGGAACGGGGAGAUCGAGUGGCGAAUCCAGUAGAUGGCGUCGAAGUUCGGGGCAUUCAACUGGACCAUCAUCUACGUCUUCAAGAAGGCAACCAGCUGAUGAACCAGAGGACUAUUUCCGGGAGAGAAGAGAUCGGAGGAGGAGGGGCCGAGACUGAACAUAUUCUUUUGUCUGUUGUUAUUUCCCUGGAGCGAG